GACGGCGCGCCCACGCUCGCCCUUCAAAUCUUAACCCCAAUCAUCCAACCGUUUCUACCUACAUCUGCAAUGGCUCCCAAACCCGUUUCAACUGCUGGCAAAGCCCCUGCCUCUACAGCCUCCAAGGCCCCGGCCACUGCCUCCAAGGCUCCGUCCAAGACGACAGACAAGAAGGCAGGCAAGAAGACGAAGUCUGCUGCGCCUGGCGAUGGCGAGAAGAAGAAGCGCAAGAAGGUCAGAAAGGAGACCUACUCGUCCUACAUCUACAAGGUGUUGAGACAAGUGCAUCCCGAUACGGGUAUCUCGAACAAGGCGAUGUCGAUUUUGAACUCGUUUGUCAACGACAUCUUCGAGCGGAUUGCUUCUGAGGCGUCCAAACUGGCGCAAUAUUCGAAGAAGUCGACGAUCUCGUCGCGCGAGAUCCAGACGUCGGUUCGGCUGAUUCUGCCUGGUGAACUCGCCAAGCACGCUAUCUCUGAGGGUACCAAGUCGGUCACCAAGUUCUCGUCUGCCACCACAACAAAGUGACGGGAUGUCUCCCUGUGUAUCUCCCGGCUCUAUUUAUUCGUCCCAUUUUGUACUUCUAUCCACUGUGCAUGAUAUUCAGGCGUCUGUGUCAAUGUUCGUUUCCCACACGCUAUGCCCGUGGAACGUUUUGCAAAGCUGUCCAGCCAAGUUGACGGUAAAGUCGCUACGACGUAGUCGGUUGGUGUUGUUCGCGGAGAAUCUCUAGUACGCUAGCUUCGUUAUACAGAAUGCCGGACGUUGUAGCACUGGCACGUCAAACCCA